AUGAAUCCAGGGACGCCGCGCGUGGGCGCUGGAGGUUUCCCUCAAACACCGGCUGCUGCUAGAGCCCAAAGGCCACGUCCAGCACAAGAUGCAAAACCUCGAACUUCUCUACCAACCGCUCCCGAGAGCCAACCUACUUCCGCCCCGACCACCCAGCCCGUAAUUCCUACAACCCUCAUCGACGCACCUACUCAGCGAUUCUAUGCCUUAGCUAUCUACGUGGCCUUGUUGGGGUGGCGCUUCUACGACUGGAUACAGAUACUAGAAGACAAUGGCGGCUCAUUCUACUUUUUCUGUAAAUGGGUCGUCUUUGACUUUAUCUUCUUCUUUUCUCUGCCUUCCAUGCGCAUACCUUGGUUGGAGCUAGCUGCCCCGACCGUCUCCAUGAUCUUCUUCGGCCAUCUGGUGUUUAACUGGCUCUUAAUGUUUAACAUUCCCGUGCCUUGGCAUUCCUGGCUUCUCGGUCUGGCCAAGGUGUUCUACGACAAAGAGCUUGCUAUCUCCGAGCAUAAUGUCAAAGUCUCGAGCAUUCUGCAUAAUUCCUCUCUCAUUAUGGGAAAGCAGAUUAUUAAUAUUCUGCCCGAAGGCUCCGCCCUCCUUAAUCCCGAAAAGAACCCUUACUGCCUCGGUCAAGGCCAGAACGUAGCCAGCGUCCCGAUCUACUUCAACGCUACCGUUCCAGUCGAGGUCGAACUUCUUCGUUUUGAUCUGGAGUCAGAUUCUCAGGAGGUGUUGAAACUUAGCCGUAAAGAGAUCAAGGAAAUUGCCAAGCAGUCAGCAAGAUCUAUGGAAGAUGGAACCCUGGGCAUUUACAGAUAUGACAUUGGCAUAAAGAAGCCUGGCGUUUAUCAGCUAAACAAAGUCCUUGAUGAGUAUAAGCUUGAGGUUCAGAGGCUUACCGAGCCUACAUACAUUGUCCCUUGUCCGAGAGCCCGUGUUCGUACGGCGCAGUCGGCUACGAAAUGUAUCGGUGAUUUAUCCAAUUUAUCUCUGGAUGUUUAUGGGACGCCGCCGCUAAAGAUCGUCUAUAGCCGGACCAUUAAUGGGAAGGACCACAGUUUCCAUUUCCAAAGUCUCCAACCCGAUGGAUUCUCUUCUCCUCUGCUUGCUCAAAAAUCCACCAUCAUGCCCUUAGGAGAGGAGGACUAUACCUGGGCCAGGUCACAGGCGGUUGAGGUAGGCUUGAACGAGUCGAUGAAUGCUGCUGGGGAGUGGCAGUACUCUAUUGACGAAGUCCACGAUGUCUUCGGCAAUGUUAUACAGUAUCCCCAGCCGGAAGAUCCCGACGCGAAGCCUAAACCCAAGCACUUAUUUCAGAAUUUUGUUGUGCGAGAGCGACCCAGAGCUACCAUUGUGGGCUGUGACCCCAGCAACCCGCUCAAGGUUGCCAAAGGUAAAUCAACAACGCUUCCCGUCAAGAUUGGGCGCCCAGGUCAAACCCCGGAUAGCGUUUCGCACACUCUAACCUGGAUUUUCUCUCCGAUUAACACCCUUACUAAGAGUGGCGAUCAUGGCGACGUUGUCGAGGUGGGCACGUUUACCGCAAAGAGUGUAGAUGAUCAACCCAAGAUCAGCGCGCCGGGUCUCUAUACUUUGAAAUCCGUAUCUUGCGACUCCUGCGAGGGGGAGAUUGAGGAACCCUCAUCUUGCCUAUUGCUCAACCCCCUCGAACCUACAUUGUCGAUCCAGGCCGAGGAGAUUCCGGACAAGUGUGCCGGAAACUCUAUUGGAUUACGGGUGAAUCUGGACAUGAUUGGAACUCCUCCGUUUAGAGUUGCGUACACCGUGGCCAGCGACUCUGGCCAGACUAGAAGGGAAACGGUCGAAAUCAGAGGACUCAGACAACAGAUCGACCUUCUCCCCAGGAAUGCUGGACGCUACCAAUAUCGCUUUAGGCGGAUUGAUGAUGCUAUUUACACCGUCCCAUUACCUUUAACCGAUGAAUAUUACUUGGAACAGAAUGUCAAACCGCCUGCGACAGCAUAUUUCAAGUCGGAGCCUCGUACUAUCAAUGCCUGUCUGGAUCAACCGGUAAAACUCGACGUUGCUUUACUCGGAGAUGGUCCCUUUACUCUUGAAUGGGAACUGGUACACGAGGGUAAAAGGAAAUCUGAGAGAGCGACGGGCAUUGAAAGUGACACGUUCACUAUCGAAACCGCUCCAUUAUCUACUGGUGGCGAGUACACCUUAUCUCUAAAGAGCAUUCGAGAUAAGACAGGAUGUCGUAUAUUCCUCAAGGAAGAAGCCAAGAUCUCUGUGCGACGUCAACGACCACGAGCAGCAUUUGGCGUUCUUGAUGGCAAGAGAACUACUACUGUGGUUGAAUCAGCUACGGCAAAGCUUCCCCUGAAGUUGUCGGGUGAUGGACCGUGGAUAGUGAGCUACCGCAACCUUAAUGGUACUUCCGAGGAAACCGGCGUUCGCGUCGCGAAAACUGGCAACGAUUUCAUCGAAGCGAAGGAACGGGGAGUAUAUGAGAUCAUUGACGUGAGAGACCAUGGUUGUAGUGGCAUCAUCAAUCCCCAAGCCAAGUUUUUCGAGGUUAAGUGGUACCCACGUCCCGAGCUAUCGUUCUCGCCAAGCGAAUCGAUCCGGCCCGCAGAGAAGGAAAACAAAUUCAUCAAGAGAGAUGUCUGCGAGGGUGAUGUGGAUGGAAUUGAAGUUUCACUUCAGGGCUCGCCUCCGUAUCACGUCGAGUAUGAGGUUAAACAUAAGCCGAAGGCAGGUUCGGGCUCAGUGGCCCGAAAAGAGUUCGAUGCUGCCCUAGGGAAAGCAUCUAUUGCCCUGGACACAGCUAAAGCUGGGUUAUACACCUACACCUUCUCUGGCCUAUCGGACAAUCUCUACAACAGCAAGCAAAGUUCUCGACCACUCAUCCUGGAGCAGACGGUCAAUCCCAAGCCGUUCGCCUCUUUUGUCAAACCCGGUCAGACGUUCAAGAUGUGUAUGUCUGAAAACAGCCCGCAAGAAUCUAUUCCUAUUAGGCUAGAGGGCAAAGCACCAUUCUACGUCGAGGUGGAGAUUAAGCCGCAUUCUGGAAAUCUACCGGAGAUAUUCAGGAUUCCUAACAUCGAGACCAACAAUUACGCCAUUCAAAUCCCUAGGCAAUACCUAAGGCUUGGUGGUCAGCAGAUUAGGAUCCGCAAGGUGCGCGACGCCCGUGGUUGCCAGCAGAAGACGGAAAGUGGUGGGGGUGUGGUUCACAUUCAGCUCUAUGAAGCGCCAUCAAUUUAUCCUCUCGAGCAGCGGACUGAUUAUUGCGUUGGCGAACGCAUCGCUUACACACUCUCGGGCACGCCUCCUUUCGAAGUACACUAUGAGUUCGCUGGCAAACAGAUGAAAGCCAAAUCCCAAACCACCAAUUUCCGCCGUAUUGCCGAAUCGCCUGGCGACUUUACGAUCAACAGCAUUAGCGAUAAGGGAAGCGAGUGUCGGGCAGCCGUCAAUCUCACUAAGACUAUUCACCCCAUGCCCAGCGUCAGGAUCAGCAAGGGCCGCGUAAUCCAGGUGGACAUCCACGAAGGAAGCGAGGUCGAGAUCUUAUUCGAGUUCUGGGGUACGCCACCUUUCGAGUUCACGUAUACUCGUAGCACCAACGCCCGGAAAGGACAGAAGAGCCAGAUAUUGGAGACGCGACAUGAUAUCAGCUACGAACAUAGUAAGGUGAUUACGGCGAACUUGGAAGGUACGUACGAAGUGGUAGCCAUCAAGGAUCAGCACUGCGCUUUUUCGACCAUGGGGCCCGACGGUAGGGACAAGGGUCAGAAAUCGCUGAAGUACUAA